AUGUCUGCUUUGUUUGGCAAAGGAUGUCUUGUUAUGAGUGAUCAAUUAAAUCACGCUUCCAUAGCAUUGGGUUGUCGUUUAUCGGGUGCUAAUAUUGAGAUAUUUAAACACAAUGAUAUGGUUGACUUAGAGCAAAAAGUAAGACACGCCAUACUUACUGGACAACCGCAUACAGGAAAGUCAUGGAAAAAAAUUAUUGUUAUUGUUGAGGGCAUCUAUUCAAUGGAGGGAACAAUUGUAAAUUUACCGGAAAUUUUACGUAUCAAGAAAACAUAUAAACUAUAUGUUUAUGUCGACGAAGCACACAGUAUAGGAGCUAUUGGUCCUCAAGGAAGAGGUGUUUGCGACUACUAUGGCUGUAAUCCUCGAGACAUUGAUAUACUUAUGGGUACUUUUACAAAGAGUUUUGCAGCUGCGGGAGGAUAUAUGGCUGGCAAUGAAAAGACGAUCAGAUACUUGCGCUCUAAGACAGCAGCCUAUCAUUAUGGGACACUUAUGGCAGCUCCUGUAGCUCAACAAAUCAUAUCUGUUUUAAGUGAAUUAUAUUACAAUCAAAAUCAAUCACAUGAACGACUCAAACGUAUUCAUGAAAAUACUUUAUAUUUUCGUCAAAAACUUAAACAAUUGGGAUAUCAUUUGGACGGAAACGACGACUCACCAGUUGUACCGCUUAUGGUUUAUAUGGAGUCAUAUCUUAAAUAUCUUUUGAUAAAAUUAAUGGAGUCGGGAAUAGCAACAAUAGGAGUGGCCUAUCCGGUCACUUCAUUAAUUGGGGUCAGAAUAAGACUUUGUGUCAGUGCCUCACAUACCAGAGCUAUGUUAGACAAGGCUAUUGAAACUAUCGAUACAAUUGGCUCACAAUUGGCCGUAAAUUUUAAUAAAAGCAAAGUUUUAAAAUAA